AUGUUAGCAUAUGGCAUAGCAGCUGAUGCUGUUGAUGAUUAUGUGCGCAUACGCGAGAGCACUACAAUUGAAUGCUUGAAAAAAAUUGUUGAAGGUGUCAUUUUGGUGUUUGAGGAUGAAUACUUGCGAAAACCAAAUCCAAAUGAUGUUCGACGCCUGCUACAAAUGGCGGAGGGUCAUGACUUUCCUGGCAUGUUGGUGUUCGAUGAUAUUCUAAAUGACCGUGCUCUGGAGGUAAAUUAUACUAUUAAUGGUAACAAUUAUACUAUGGGAUACUAUUUAGCAGACGAUAUUUAUCCUAAAUGCGCCAUAUUUGUCAAAUCAAUCUCAAAGCCACAAGGGGAGAAACGCAAGUUAUUUGCACAAUACCAAGAAGGGCAAAGAAAAGAUGUGGAGCAAGCAUUCGGAGUGUUGCAAGCACGCUUUGCAAUUAUACGUGGUCCAGCUCGCUUUUGGAAAAAGAAAAAACUUGCCAACAUAAUGAGAGCUUGUAUUAUAUUGCAUAAUAUGAUUGUUGAGGAUGAAAGAGACACUUAUGCAGGAAAUUUUGCUCAAGGCUUAGAGUAUGAUGAUGUCAAAAAUGCCUUAUCACAACCUCAGUUGGGAGAAGAAGAUUUUGCACCAUACCAUCAAUUUCUUUAA